AUGGCAGGUCCACUAGAAGAUUGCACCUUAGAAGAGCAGCGCUCAGUCAUUAGAUUUUUAGUCGCAGAAGGUGUAAAACCAAGUGAAAUUUUUUCUAGAAUGUUGAUACAGUACAGUAAAAGUUGUGUGAACCGUGCGAAUUUUUACAAGUGGGUUGAUCGGUUUAAAAGUGGCCGAACAAGUGUAGGUGAUGAACCCCGAGGUGGACGUCCAGUGGAAGUUUUUGGUCCCUCGUUGGAAUCGAGGAUUGACGGACUUAUUCGUGAUAACAGAAGAAUUACUGUUGAAAUGAUAGCUGAGGAAGCUCAAGUAAGUGUUGGAACUGUUCACAAUGUCAUUCAGAACAAUUUAAAGUACAGAAAAACGUGUUCCAGAUGUGUUCCCAGACAGCUUACUGACGCUCAUAAAGAAUCAAGGCUUUCCAUUAGUCAAGACUUAAAGCAACGAAGUUUGAUUGAAGGAGACGCUUUUUUGAAAGAAUAG